CAAAGGUUAGUAAGGUUUGGCUUCCUCAGUGUAGCCUUCAUCAACCUUUGCUUUCCCUACACUCCUCAUCACUUCAUCAACCUUUUCACUCAAUCUUCUCAAUGGCACCACCUGAAGUUCCGGUAGAUGUGUUCACCGCCACGAACAAGGUCUCAAAGUUGAGCUCAGGCUACUCCAAGAAGAGGGCCUAUGUCACAUUCUUGGCCGGUAAUGGUGAUUAUGUCAAAGGAGUAGUCGGAUUGUCUAAGGGUUUGCGCAAGGUGAAGGCUGCUUACCCUCUUGUGGUUGCAAUAUUGCCUGACGUCCCCGAAGAACACCGUGAGAUUUUGAGGUCUCAAGGUUGUAUUGUUCGUGAGAUCGUGCCUAUCUAUCCUCCUAAGAACCAAGUCGAGUUUGCUAUGGCAUACUAUGUCAUCAACUACUCCAAGCUCCGGAUUUGGAAUUUUGAGGAGUAUAGCAAGAUGAUAUAUUUGGAUGCGGACAUCCAAGUGUACAACAACAUAGAUCAUCUCUUUGACACUCCUGAUGGAUACUUCUAUGCUGUGAUGGAUUGCUUCUGUGAGAAAACAUGGAGUCACUCGCCGCAGUACAAAGUUGGGUAUUGCCAGCAGUGCCCUGACAAGGUUACAUGGCCGGCAGAGAUGGGUUCUCCUCCUCCUUUGUAUUUCAACGCCGGCAUGUUUGUGUUCGAGCCUAAUCAAUUAACCUACGAAAGCCUUCUUGAGACUCUCCUUGUUGUUCCCCCCACACCUUUUGCUGAGCAAGAUUUCUUGAACAUGUUCUUCCAAAAGACUUACAAGCCCAUCCCUCUUGCAUACAACCUAGUUCUGGCCAUGCUGUGGCGCCACCCCGAGAAUGUGAAGCUUGAUGAAGUAAACGUUGUCCACUACUGUGCUGCUGGAUCAAAACCAUGGAGGUACACCGGCGUAGAAGAGAACAUGCAGAGAGAGGACAUCAAGAUGUUAGUAGCAAAAUGGUGGGAAGUUUAUAACGACGAGUCCCUGGACUUCAAGGCUGAUCAAACUACUCCGGCAGCCGCAGAGGAAGAUCAAACUUUCUCCAAGUCGUCCAUCAUGGCUUCGAUGCCUCAUGAGCCUGCCAUGAUGACCUACAUUCCUGCACCCACUGCUGCUUGAAAUAUUAAUUAUCUUGAGAUAUUUCUUGUAAUAGUCCUAAAAGUUGGUGUGAUCAGAACUAAUCAUCUCCUUUGCUCUUUUUUGGGUUGCUUGGCCUUCAUUUUCUUGGUGCCCAGAGUACACAGAAACCACAUACCUAUAUACAUGAUAUUUUUACCUCUUUGGCAAAAGGAAGUAUAACUUUUCUCUUGGUGUAUGUUUUAGGACUUCACUUAAUAUACAUGUUUUAUAGUUUCU